AUGAGAACUCGGCUACUGCCUUCUCAUGCUACUGCCUUCUCAUGUGAGUCGUCCAAACAAGUCAACAUGCUAAAGUCCGAGUUUGAUUACGUCUCCAAGAAACACACAAAGUUGAAAAGGCAAAUUCGGGAGUUGACCGAGAAGCUCCGCCUGGUCGAACAAGUGCAAGACAAUGCACAAAAAGAGGUCUUAUCUUUGGACGAGCGCAAAAGACCCAGGCCAUUUGGCACCGUCAAAGCAUCCCCAACCAACCCCACAAUCACUCCUGACGAGUCCAUCAACCCUAGACUCGCCAAAACACUCAAAAAGCUCGCCAAAAACCGUGAACUCAUUGUUGCGCUCGCGGAUUCAAAUGUCAAGGAAACUUUGCGAGUUUGGUUCAUGAACGUAAAACGCGUGGGAAUCACUAAUUACCUUGUCUAUGCCUUGGACGAAGACAUCGCCAGUUUUUGCAAAUUGGAACACGUCCCUUUCUACAAGAAAGACGCGGAUGAAAUUCUCACGAAUUCCAAAUCCAUUGCUACUAGGACCGUCUCGGGUUUGAAAUUCCGCAUCCUAAGGGAGUUUCUCGUGAUGGGCUACGGUGUGCUCCUCUCGGACGUCGACAUAGUCUACCUACAAAACCCGUUCGAUUAUCUCUAUAGAGAUUCGGACGUCGAGUCCAUGACCGACGGGCACGACAACUACACGGCUUACGGCGAUGAUUACGGGUUUGACGAGCCUGCCAUGGGGUGGGCCCAUUGGGCCCACACGAUGAGGAUAUGGGCUUUCAACUCGGGGUUUUUCUACAUAAGGCCCACAAUCCCCUCUAUAGAGCUUUUGGAUUGUGUGGCGGGCCGACUAGCACAGGAGGACGUGUCGGACAAGGUGGUUUUUAAUGAGGAGCUCUUUUACCCGUCUCAUCCAGGUUACGAGGGGCUCCACGCAUCGAGAAGGACGAUGGAUUACUAUUUGUUUAUGAAUAGUAAGGUUCUAUUCGAGAGAGUGAGGAAAGAUCUUGAACUUAAGCAGCUUAAGCCGGUGAUAGUUCACUUGAAUUACCAUCCAGAUAAGCUUUCGCGAAUGAUGGCUGUUGUCGAUUACUAUGUGAAUGGGAAGAAAGAUGCUUUGGAUCCUUUUCCCGAUGGUUCUGAGUAA